AUGUCCGGCGUCAAGGAGUUCGAUUAUUUGGUUAUUGGAGGAGGCUCAGGAGGUAUUGCCUCAGCCCGUCGAGCCAGAGAAUUCGGUGUUUCUGUCGGACUUAUCGAAUCUGGACGUCUCGGAGGAACAUGUGUCAACGUUGGAUGUGUUCCCAAGAAGGUGAUGUACAACUGCUCCUUGCACGCUGAAUUCAUUCGUGAUCAUGCUGAUUAUGGGUUUGACGUCACUUUGAACAAGUUUGACUGGAAAGUAAUCAAAAAGUCUCGAGAUGAGUAUAUCAAGCGACUCAAUGGACUCUACGAAAGCGGACUGAAAGGAUCAUCAGUCGAACUGAUUCGUGGUCGUGCUUCAUUCGCCGAAGACGGAACUGUCGAAGUCAACGGUGCUAAAUAUCGAGGAAAGAACACUUUAAUUGCUGUUGGUGGAAAACCAACUAUUCCAAACAUCAAGGGUGCUGAGUAUGGAAUCGACUCGGAUGGUUUCUUUGAAUUAGAAGAUUUGCCUAGCCGAACUGUUGUUGUUGGAGCAGGGUAUAUUGCCGUCGAAAUUGCUGGAGUUCUUGCAAACCUCGGUUCAGAUACCCACCUUCUUAUCAGAUAUGAAAAGGUUCUCCGGACAUUCGACAAAAUGUUGAGCGAUGAACUGACAGCCGAUAUGGACGAAGAGACCAACCCACUUCAUUUGCACAAGAAGACUCAAGUCACUGAGGUUAUCAAAGGAGAGGACGGUCUUCUGACCGUUAAGACAACAACUGGAGUCAUCGAGAAAGUUCAAACCUUAAUCUGGGCUAUUGGAAGAGACCCACUUACCAAAGAACUUAAUCUGGAGCGUGUUGGUGUGAAGACCGACGCCGGCGGUAAUAUCAUUGUCGAUGAGUAUCAGAAUACGACUGCUCCUGGAAUCUUGUCGGUAGGGGAUGACACAGGAAAAUUCCUGUUGACACCAGUUGCUAUUGCUGCUGGUCGUCGCCUUUCUCAUCGGCUUUUCAAUGGGGAAACCGAGAACAAGUUGACCUAUGAAAACAUCGCGACUGUAGUGUUCAGCCAUCCUCUCAUCGGAACUGUCGGACUCACAGAAGAGGAAGCCGUUGCUAGGUAUGGUAAAGACGAGGUGACACUGUACAAGUCUCGUUUCAAUCCCAUAUUGUUUGCUGUUACUAAACACAAGGAGAAGGCUGCUAUGAAGCUUGUCUGUGUCGGAAAAGACGAAAGAGUGGUCGGAGUUCACGUCUUCGGAGUAGGAUCGGAUGAGAUGCUCCAAGGAUUCGCGGUUGCUGUUACGAUGGGAGCCACAAAGAAGCAAUUCGAUCAAACUGUUGCCAUUCACCCAACUUCAGCUGAAGAGCUCGUCACAAUGCGCGGAGGUGUUAAGCCAGAGUGA